AUGCUGUACCUUGUGGGGCUGGGUCUCGCCGAUGAGACCGACAUCACGGUCAAGGGCCUGGAAGUGGUCAAAAAGGCCGAGCGCGUCUAUCUCGAAGCCUAUACAAGCAUCCUGCUCGUUGAUAAGGAGAAGCUAGAAGCUUUCUAUGGCCGUCCAGUGAUCGUAGCAGACCGAGAACUCGUAGAGAGUGGCAGCGAUGAUAUCCUGGCCGGCGCAGACAAGACAGAUGUCGCAUUUCUCGUUGUCGGCGAUCCCUUCGGCGCAACCACACACACGGAUCUAGUCCUCCGCGCCCGCGAACUGGGCAUCGAGUCGAAAGUCAUCCCGAACGCAUCGAUCAUGUCCGGAAUUGGAUGCACAGGCUUGCAGCUGUAUAACUUUGGACAGACAGUGAGCAUGGUGUUCUUCACGGAGAACUGGAAGCCCUCGUCCUACUAUGACCGCGUGAAGGAAAACGUUCAACUGGGUCUUCAUACUCUGGUGCUGGUAGAUAUCAAGGUCAAAGAGCCGUCCCUCGAGAGCAUGGCGCGCGGACGCAUUGUCUAUGAGCCCCCCGCGUUUCAUGACCGUCGCACAAUGCACGAGCCAGAUGCUCGAGACCGAGGAGGAACGCAAGGAGGGUGUCUACGGACCAGACAGCCUUGCCGUUGGCGCUGCGAGGGUCGGAGCUGCCGACCAGAAGCUCGUCGCUGGAACGUUGAAGGAAUUGUCGGAAGUUGA